UAGCUAUGCACCUAAUCUCCAGUUCCAUAAUGUUUAUGUAAAACAAGAACAACUUCCUGUCAUGGAAAUACAUGAUUUUUCAUAACAAAACACCAAAAUAACAACAUCCAGAUCAACAUGGCAACUUCAUCCAGAUCAAAAGAUAAAUCAUUGUCAUCACAAUCAUCCAGCACUAGCCGGCCGCCUCAGGCCGUGAAAUACACCCGUCGAACACCAAGUGGUCGGAUUAUGAGCUUGUCAAGAGAUGAUGAUUUGGAUAUGUCCAAUGAAUUUUCAGGUCAAAAUGACUAUAUCAAUUACACUGUUAUGAUGCCCCCUACUCCUGAUAACCAGCCUGCCGGACCCUCCUCGGACAAUAAACCUGAUGGGCCUAGCUCAUACACGACAAGCCGGUUUGGGUCGGAGUCGCAACGGAUGAGUAGACGGAUAGGAGAAGAGGAAGAUAAUUAUGGUAGUAAUGGUGACAGUGGUGGCAAUUAUGGCUCCAAAUUGGAACGGAGGAUGUCAAUAAUGAGAUCAUCAAACAAUAAAUCAAUGUUGCUAAGGAGCCAAACGCAAGAUUUUGAUCACAAUCGGUGGUUGUUUGAGACCAAGGGAACAUACGGUGUUGGAAAUGCAUAUUGGUCGGAAGGGGACUCUUAUGGUUCUGAUACAGGACUGAGUAUGUCAGAUUUUAUGGACAAGCCUUGGAAACCUCUCACUAGGAAGAUUAAAGUUCCCGCUGCUAUUCUUAGCCCUUACAGGGUGCUUGUAGCUAUCCGAAUGGUAGUACUUGCUUUCUUCCUGGCAUGGAGAGUACAAAAUCCUAACAGAGAGGCAAUGUGGUUAUGGGGUAUAUCUAUUGUUUGUGAGAUUUGGUUUGCAUUCUCAUGGCUAUUAGACAUGCUCCCAAAGCUCAACCCCAUCAACAGAGCUACUGAUCUAGCUGCCCUCAGGGACAAGUUCGAGAAGCCUUCCCCUUCCAAUCCAACCGGCCGGUCAGACCUUCCUGGUGUUGAUGUCUUCGUCUCCACCGCCGACCCUGAAAAGGAACCACCACUCGUCACUGCCAACACAAUUUUGUCAAUUCUUGCAGUUGACUACCCUGUUGAGAAGAUCUCAGGCUACAUUUCUGAUGAUGGUGGCUCCAUCCUCACCUUUGAGGCCAUGGCUGAGGCCAUCCGCUUCGCCGAGGUGUGGGUGCCAUUUUGUCGAAAACACAACAUUGAGCCAAGGAAUCCUGAUAGUUACUUCAACCUGAAAACUGACCCUACCAAGAACAAGAAGCGGCCUGAUUUUGUGAAGGAUCGCCGCUGGAUCAAGAGGGAGUACGAUGAGUUUAAGGUGAGAAUCAAUGGUCUCCCUGAAGUAAUACGUAGGAGAAGCGAGUCAUAUAACAAAAAAGAGGAGAGAAAGGAGAAAACACUUGCCCGGGAGAAAAACAGCGGCGCAUUGCCGCCAGAAGGGGUUAACGUGCCCAAAGCUACUUGGAUGGCUGAUGGCACCCACUGGCCUGGAACAUGGAUAAAUCCAACUGCUGAUCACGCAAAGGGUGACCAUGCUGGCAUUCUGCAGAUAAUGAGUAAGGUCCCGGAAAGUGAUCCAGUGAUGGGUCAUCUUGACGAGAAGAAAUUGGACUUUACUGGGGUUGAUAUCAGGAUCCCAAUGUUUGCAUAUGUCUCCCGUGAAAAGAGGCCUGGCUAUGACCACAACAAGAAGGCUGGAGCCAUGAAUGCCAUGGUUAGAGCUUCAGCCAUAUUGUCCAACGGACCAUUUAUACUCAAUUUGGAUUGUGAUCAUUACAUCUACAAUUCUUUGGCUAUAAGGGAGGGAAUGUGCUUUAUGAUGGAUCGUGGUGGUGACCGUAUAUGCUACAUCCAAUUUCCACAAAGAUUUGAAGGGAUUGAUCCGUCUGAUCGAUACGCCAAUCAUAACACUGUCUUUUUUGAUGGAAGUAUGCGAGCACUUGAUGGUCUUCAAGGCCCAGUGUAUGUAGGAACUGGGUGCAUGUUUCGGAGAUAUGCACUAUAUGGGUUCCUUCCUCCAAGGGCAAACGAGUACUCAGGGAUGUUCGGCCAAGUGAAGGCCAAGGCUCCACACAUUCGGUCUCAAUCGGAUGACUCGGAAACGCAGCCCCUGACUGAUCACCCAGACUUGAAUCUGCCAAAGAAGUUUGGGAAUUCAGCUAUGUUCAAUGAGUCCAUAGCCAUCGCGGAAUACCAAGGACGGCCACUUGCCGACCAUGCUUCAAUAAAGAAUGGCAGGCCUCCUGGAGCACUGCUCAUGCCUCGUCCCCCACUAGAUGCGCCUACUGUUGCAGAGGCAGUUGCUGUCAUUUCUUGCUGGUAUGAGGACAAGACGGAGUGGGGCGAAAAGAUUGGUUGGAUUUAUGGCUCAGUAACAGAAGAUGUGGUUACAGGUUACCGGAUGCACAACCGUGGGUGGCGAUCUGUGUACUGUGUAACAAAGCGAGACGCCUUCCGUGGCACAGCACCUAUCAACCUUACUGACCGUCUUCACCAGGUGCUUCGAUGGGCUACCGGUUCGGUCGAAAUCUUUUUCUCAAAAAACAAUGCCUUUCUAGCAAGCAGGCGGAUUAAGUUCCGACAACGCAUUGCUUACUUAAAUGUUGGCAUCUAUCCCUUCACCUCCUUCUUCUUGGUGGCAUACUGCUUCCUACCAGCACUUUCCCUCAUGUCCGGACACUUCAUUGUCUCAUCCCUCAAUGUUGCGUUCUUAUCAUACCUCCUUCUCAUUACCAUAACACUAACUCUCCUGUCCCUUCUUGAAGUAAAAUGGUCUGGAAUUGGUCUAGAGGAGUGGUGGCGAAAUGAGCAGUUUUGGGUCAUUGGAGGCACUAGUGCUCACUUUGCUGCUGUGCUCCAAGGGCUUUUAAAAGUCAUAGCCGGUAUUGAGAUUUCUUUCACGUUAACCUCGAAGUCUGCAGGAGAAGAUGAGGAUGACAUUUUUGCUGAUCUAUAUGUGGUUAAAUGGACAAGUCUGUUCGUAAUGCCACUAACGAUCAUAGUAACUAACAUGAUUGCCCUUGUGAUUGGAGUGUCAAGGACAAUAUACAGUGUCAUACCGCAAUGGGGUAAGCUUAUUGGAGGAUCCUUUUUCAGCUUCUGGGUGUUGGCUCAUAUGUACCCUUUUAUUAAAGGGUUGUUGGGCAGGAGAGGAAGAGUGCCAACAAUCGUAUAUGUCUGGGCAGGGCUGAUCUCGAUUACAGUGUCUUUGCUUUUGGUAGCAAUUGAUCCCCCAACUGAUAAUUCCAACUCCAUUUCCGAUUCCAGUUGAGAUGUUCAGAUAUAGUUAUCAAGAACUAGAAACUGAUGGAGAUAUUCUUAGAUUUUUUUUUUUUUUUUUUUUUGGUGGGAAGGAGGGAUAGGGUGCAUCGUGCUUGUGCUCCCAGAAUUUAAAAUUAAAUAGUGAAUACUUGUAUUUGUAUGAGUUAAACAAUCAUCCAUGUUCCACUGAGAAACUAUGACAAACAUACAGUAAAUUAUUUCAUGUAAUCACCAAUGGAAAAUAUACGCAGAGCA